ACACAGAAGACGACUGAGAACCAGAGAACAACAGAAACAAGCGAGUUUAUAUUUUUAACUGGAGAAACGGUGUCCCCCAGCAGCGAUCAAACUGGAUUUAUACUAUACAUGGGCAUUAUCUCUAUCUUCUGCUGCUCAGAAACAGUUUUCAACCACACAGAAGAUGCAUGAUUUCCAUUCACUGCAGACAACAGAGCCACUCAACAGAUUCACGUAAUAGCCAUCCCUCUUUCAGGCAUGAAGACUGUUGCCAGGCUGCGCUACUGGCCGACAUCUGUGUACCCGAGCAAACAGAAGCUCCACGUGUGAUAAUGGAGAGUGAUAAUCAUACAGCGUCCGUGGCCGGAGAGACGCUGGCCCCCCUGUGCACGGUCCGCUGCUGUGGGCUUCUAAACCGCACUUUGGCGGUCAUGUUCAUGGUUUGUUUGGCCUUUGCCAUCGUUGUGGGAAACGUGAUCACACUUACUGUUCUCAUGCAGACGCGGCAUUCCCGAACACCGCAGGGCUACCUCAAAGUGUCAUUGGCCAUCGCAGACAUGGUGGUUGGAGUUUUGGUGGUGCCAUUUUCCGUAUACACCGAGAUCUCCCUCAUGGUAACCGGAGCUCCACCACAGUGGUACCAGGGCGUAUCCAAGGCCUCUCAGGGUGGUGUACCGGGUCCUUGGCAACCAUGCAUGCUGAUGGGUCCGCUUUUCGCAGGCUGCACCUUCGUAUCCAUCAGCACCAUCUUUUUUAUGACAGUGGAGCGUAGCGUGGCCAUCCUUUAUCCGCUGCAUAAGGACGCCCUCGUGACGCACCGUCGCAUCCUCUUCCUGAUCUUUUCAUCCUGGGCCGGCAGCUUCUUACUGGCCAAUGCACCACUCAUCCUGAGCAACAACUUUACGCUGGAAUACAACGAGUGCAGUCGCUUGUGCAACUACGUCCCGGUACUGAUCGGACUUCGGGUGCCUGCAGACGCCAACAUUCUGCUCCUCUUUCCAGCGUUUGAUUUCACUCUACUGGGUGGCACGCUGGCCGUCAACAUCAUGUCCUUCACCAGUAUCCGUCGGUACUCUCGUAAGCGCAAGCUCCUCCUCUCCGAGGGAGCGGACGCGGGGACCGGCGGGUGUACCCACAGACCAUCGUUUUCCGACAUCAAAGCAGCAAAGACCAUCGGAAUCCUCACGUUUGCCUUCACGGCCUCCUUCAGUCCUAUCGCUGUGUUUGUGCUGGGGAACGUGGUGGGCUACACCUGGUGCAAGUUCUCCUUCGUUGCGUUUUGGAUUCUGGCGGGCAGCAGCUGUUGCAAUGUCAUCAUUUACAGCGUGCAUGACCAGCGUUUUAGGAACGGGCUGAGUCUGCUCUUUCAGCGGGACAGAUCUCAUGCUCUCUCGGAGAAAAGCUGACUUGGGUUCGGCUGUAACCUCACAGUGACAAUUCUUUCAUCAUUUACUCACUCGCAUUCCAAACCUGUAGGACUUUCUUCUUCAGAACACAAAAGAAGAUAUCUUGAAGAACCCAUUGACUUCCAUUGUAUGGACACAAAACCACUGAGGCAUUUCUCAAAAUAUCUUCUUCUGUGUUCCACAGAUUUUUUGGGGGGGGUUAGGGUUUAGCUCUUCUGCCUCGAGAGAUUAACGGUUUGUUUUUCAGGUUCUCUUUGAUAAAGGGUUCAGGGACAACGAUAAGGACCUUUCACUUUGUCUUGUGGUGUAUUAUAUUCUUGAAUUUACUUAGUAUUUAUGCAACAGAUAUCACAAGAAUCAUCUUCAUGCGAGUCAUCGUAAGUAGGACACCAGACAAAUAAGAGGCCUUAUUAAGAUUUUAUUACAUUUAUUCUC